AAAAAAGGAAAAAGAAACUCACUAUAUAAAUCCCGCUGAAAAUACAAUUUAUACUAAAAAAUAAAACGAAAAAAAAGCGGAGAUUUUUAUCUCCUCCGCUUGUUGAGGGCUAGAGAGAGAAAAUCUCGAUUCUUUGUCCUAACAACCUCCAGCUCACUCUAGCUCUGAUCCAUCGAGGUGGUGAUGCGAAGAGAGAUCUAGAUCUGAGGAAGGGGAAAUGGCGGCAGCACUAGCGUGGAGGCACUCGAGAAGCAAUGGCAACGGCCAUGGAGCUCCAGAUCUGGAGCGAAAUGGAGAUGCUAAAGUUCAAGGUUCGGAGCCCCCAACUCCACACUCUGUUAUGAAGAUGGGCUCAAGGGACCGUGGUAUUGUGGAGGAUACAGAUGGGACCUUAUCAAGUGUUGCCCUAUGUAUCGAGCAAUUACGCAGGAGUUCUUCAACUAGUCAAGAGAAAGAGAACUCUUUGAAACAGUUGUUGGAUCUCGUCGAAGCACGUGACAAAGCCUUUGGAGCUGUUGGCUCUCAUUCCCAAGCAGUUCCUACUCUUGUUUCUCUUCUCAGAUCUGGUUCUCUUGGAGUAAAGACACUGGCUGCUACUGUCUUAGGAUCUCUCUGUAAGGAAGAAGAACUACGAGUAAAAGUGCUGCUUGGUGGCUGCAUUCCUCCGUUGCUUGCUCUUCUUAAGUCCAGCUCAUCUGAAGGUCAAAUAGCAGCUGCAAAGACUAUUUAUGCCGUUUCUCAGGGAGGAGUAAGAGACCAUGUUGGAUCAAAGAUAUUCUCAACUGAAGGAGUUGUUCCUGUUCUAUGGGAGCAGCUGAAAAAUGGUGUCAAGAAUGAAACUAUUGUGAAUAGUCUGCUAACUGGAGCAUUGAAGAACUUAUCUACCAGCACAGAGGGCUUCUGGUCGGCAACAACAACUUCAGCUGGUGUUGAUGUGCUUGUAAAACUGCUUGCGAAUGGGCAAACAAGUAGCCUAGCAAAUGUUUGCUAUCUUCUUGCAUGUAUAAUGAUGGAAGAUGCAUCUUUUUGUUCCCGAGUCUUAGCUGCAGAAACUACUAAACAACUCCUUAAGCUCUUAGGGCCUGGUAAUGAGGCUUCCAUUAGAGCUGAGGCUGCUCGUGCUCUUAAAUCUCUUUCUGCACAGUACAAGGAAGCCAGGCGUGAGAUAGCUAAUUCUAAUGGAAUCCCUGCUUUGAUAAAUGCUACUAUAGCUCCGUCAAAAGAAUUUAUGCAAGGGGAAUCUGCUCAAGCUUUGCAGGAAAAUGCAAUGUGUGCAUUAGCAAAUAUUUCUGGUGGCUUGUCAUUUGUUAUCUCUAGCCUUGGUGAGAGCCUUGAGUCAUGUUCUUCACCUGCACAGAUUUCUGACACGCUAGGUGCUUUAGCUUCAGCAUUGAUGAUAUAUGAUGAAAAUGCUGAGUCUAUCAGACCAUCUGAUUCGUCAGUUGUUGAGAAGAUGUUAGUAAAGCAGUUUAAAUCAAAAUCAUCAUUUCUUGUGCAGGAGCGCACUAUAGAGGCCUUGGCUAGCUUGUAUGGUAAUGCAAUUCUCUCAAAGUCUCUUAGCAAUGCUGAUGCAAAGCGCUUGCUUGUUGGUUUGAUCACCAUGGCAGCAAACGAGGUACAAGAUGAGCUUGUAAAAUCUCUUCUCAUACUCUGCAGAAAAGACAGUAGUCUAUGGCAUGCAUUGCAAGGUCGUGAAGGGGUUCAGCUAUUAAUCUCUCUUCUUGGCCUUUCUUCAGAACAACAACAGGAAUGUUCAGUAGCUUUGCUGUGUCUUUUAUCUGAAGAAAACGAUGAAAGUAAAUGGGCCAUAACUGCUGCUGGAGGCAUACCUCCUCUCGUUCAAAUUCUAGAGACAGGAUCUUCAAAAGCCAAGGAGGAUGCUGCACUGAUCCUUGGAACUCUUUGCAACCACAGUGAAGAUAUAAGAGCAUGUGUGGAGAGUGCUGAUGCUGUUCCUGCUUUACUAUGGCUUCUGAAAAAUGGAAGUGAAAGUGGAAAAGGGAUUGCAGCAAGGACAUUUAACCAUCUCAUCCAUAAAUCAGAUACAGGGACAAUCAGCCAGCUCACAGCUUUACUAACCAGUGAACAGCCUGAGUCUAAAGUUUAUGUUCUGGAUGCUCUGAGAAGCUUGCUUUCUGUGGCACCACUUAGUGACAUUUUGCAUGAAGGGACUGCAUCAAAUGAUGCCAUUGAAACAAUGAUAAAGAUAUUGAAUUCUACAAGAGAAGAGACACAAGCUAAAUCUGCAGCUGCACUUGCAGGACUAUUUCAGUGCCGCAAAGACCUGAGGGACAGCCAUGUUGCUGUGAAGGCGCUCUGGUCGGCAAUGAAACUUCUGAAUGUAGAAUCGGACAAAAUUUUGAUGGAGGCUUCUUGCUGUCUGGCUUCUAUUUUCCUUUCAAUUAAGCAAAACAAAGAGGUUGCUUCCCUUGCAAGAGAUGCAUUAGCUCCAUUGAUUCUGCUUGCCAACUCCCCAGUUCUUGAAGUGGCAGAGCAGGCAACAUGUGCUUUGGCCAAUAUUCUCCUGGAUAAUGAUCUGUCAACUCAGGUAGGCCCUGAAGAGAUCAUCUUGCCAGUGACUCGAAUUUUGCAAGAGGGAAGUAUUGAUGGGAAAGCUCAUGCUGCUGCAGCAGUAGCACGUCUUCUUCAGGGUCGACAUAUUGAUGAUGCGAUGUGUGAUACUGUGAACCGUGCUGGUACAGUUCUUACUCUUGCUGCUGUUCUAGAAUCUGCUAAGAUUGACUCUGCUGCUACUUCUGAAGUUCUUGAAGCAUUGGCUCUAUUAUCAAGGCCAAAAGGAGCUGGUGCACUUGUAAAACCUCCAUGGGCAGUACUUUCUGAAUAUCCCCACACAAUAAUUCCUUUGGUUGCUUGUCUAGCGAAUGGAUUGCCCUCAUUGCAAGACAGGGCCAUAGAAAUUUUGUCAAGAUUCUGUGAAGAUCAGCCUGUUACUUUGGGGAAUGUAAUAUCUAGCACCUCUGGAUGUAUCUCAUCAAUCUCGAGACGAGUGAUUGGCUCUAACCUCCAAAAAGAGCAGAGUGAGAAACUGGUUGAAGCGUUGAUGGAGGCAAACUUAUGCAUUGAUCUAAUAUAUUCUCUUGUCGGCAUGCUGAAAACUUCAAAUUCAUUUUCUAAUAAUGGGGAUGCUGAAAGUGGCAUAGAUGUAAGUAUCUCCAGACACCCAAAAGAGAAAUAUGGACAUGGUGAAGCUGAAUGUAGUACAGCUGUAAUAUCUGGUAACGUGGUUGCUGUAUGGCUGCUUUCUAUACUUGCUUGUCACGAUAACAAAAUUAAAUUUGUCACAAUGGAGGCUGGAGCAAUUGAAGUUCUGACGAACAAGAUCUCUCACCAUUCGUAUUUAGCUGCUCAGUGUGAUUCUAGAGAUGACAACAGUGCAUGGGUUUGUGCCUUGCUGCUGGCUGUCCUUUUCCAAGAGAGAGAUAUCAUACGCUCAAAUGGAACAAUGAACUGCAUUCCAGUUCUUGCAAGUUUGUUGAGGUCAGAGGAGUUAGCAAACAGAUAUUUUGCAGCACAAGCACUUUCUAGCUUGAUCUGCCAUGGUAGUCGAGGGACUCUGUUGUCUGUUGCUAAUUCUGGUGUGGCUGUUGGGCUUAUUUCUUUACUUGGAUGUGCUGAAAGUGAUAUCUCUGAUCUUCUGGAGUUAUCAGAUGAGUUUUCCCUGGCUCGCAAUCCGGACCAAAUUGCACUUGAGAGGUUGUUCAGAGUAGAUGACAUAAGGGUGGGCGCAACUUCUCGGAAAGCCAUACCUGUACUUGUUGAUUUGCUCAAGCCUAUCCCAGAUCGACCAGGUGCCCCUUCUCUUGCAUUGGGUCUUCUAACUCAGCUUGCAUUAGAGUGCCCUCCAAACAUGCUGGUAAUGGUAGAAGCGGGGGUCCUUGAGGCCCUAACCAAGUAUCUUUCACUUGGACCGCAGGAUGCAACUGAAGAAGCUGCGACAGUUUUAUUGGGCAUCCUAUUCAGCACUGGUGAAAUAAGGCGACAGGAAUCUGCAUUUGGUGCUGUUAAUCAGCUUGUUGCAGUCUUAAGACUGGGAGGAAGAAAUUCCAGGUAUAGUGCAGCUAAGGCAUUAGAAAACUUGUUUUCCACAGAUCAUAUCAGGAAUGGUGAAUCAGCUAGGCAAGCUAUUCAACCUCUUGUGGAGAUUCUUAAUACCGGUUCUGAAAAGGAGCAACAUGCAGCUAUUGCUGCGCUUGUUAGGUUGCUUGGUGAUAAUCCAUCAAGAGCCCUUGCUGUUGGUGACGCUGAGAUGAGUGCAGUUGAUGUUCUUUGUCGAAUUCUUUCUUCCAGUUGCUCAGUGGAGCUGAAAGGCAAUGCUGCAGAGUUAUGUUUUGUCCUGUUUGGAAAUACAAGGAUUCGGUCAACAAUGGCUGCAGCACGCUGUGUUGAGCCUUUGGUUUCUCUACUUGUAACUGACUUCAGUGCAGCCCAAUACUCAGUGGUCCGUGCAUUGGAUAGGCUCUUAGAUGACGACCAACUUGCAGAGCUUGUUUCUGCACAUGGCGCUAUUGUUCCUCUAGUUGGUCUGCUCUUUGGUAGAAAUUACACACUGCAUGAGGCAGUUUCGAGAGCUUUGGUGAAGCUAGGAAAAGAUAGGCCAGCUUGUAAAAUGGAGAUGGUCAAAACUGGAGUUAUUGAAAGUAUUCUGAACAUCGUCCAUGAAGCACCGGAUUUUCUCUGCGUUGCAUUUGCAGAAUUGCUACGAAUUCUGACGAACAAUGCUACCAUAGCGAAGGGCCCAUCUGCUGGGAAAGUUGUUGAACCCCUUUUCUUUCUGUUAUCUAGACCAGAAAUUGGUCCUGAUGGACAGCACAGCGCAUUGCAGGUUCUUAUUAAUAUUUUGGAAAAUCCCCAAUGCCGAGCUGAUUGCAACAUGAUGCCUCAACGGGCUAUUGGACCUAUAAUUGCUUUACUGGAUUCACCAAUCCAGGCAGUGCAGCAAUUGGCUGCAGAACUCUUGUCCCAUCUGCUUUUGGAGGAACAUUUGCAGAAGGAUCCAGUCACAGAGCAGGCAAUUAGUCCCCUUAUUCAUGUUCUUGGAUCAGGCAUACACAUUUUACAACAGAGAGCUAUAAAAGCUCUUGCAAACAUUGCCUUGGCUUGGCCAAACGCAAUUGCAAAAGAUGGUGGCGUUUAUGAGCUGUCCAAAGUGAUAUUGCAAACUGAUCCACCCUUGCCUCACGCUUUAUGGGAAUCUGCUGCUUCUAUUCUAUCAAGCAUUCUGCAGUACAGUUCUGAAUUCUUCUUGGAAGUGCCUGUGGCUGUACUGGUUCAGUUGCUUCGCUCUGGAACAGAAAAUACUGUUGUCGGUGCUCUAAAUGCCCUGCUCGUGUUGGAAACUGAUGACUCAACUAGUGCUGAAGCAAUGGCUGAAAGCGGUGCUAUUGAGGCUCUCGUGGAACUUCUAAGGAGUCAUCUCUGUGAGGAAACUGCAGCAAGAUUACUGGAAACGUUGUUGAACAAUAUGAAAAUUAGAGAAACAAAAGCCGCUAAAUCUGCUAUUCAACCAUUAUCCAUGUAUCUUCUAGACCCACAAACACAAUCUCAGCAGGGUAGGCUGCUUGCAGCUCUUGCGCUGGGUGAUCUUUUCCAGAAUGAGGGUCUUGCUCGAACUACAGAUUCUGUUUCAGCGUGCCGAGCUCUAGUAAACCUUCUUGAAGAUAAUCCAACAGAAGAGAUGAAGGUGGUGGCGAUUUGUGCGCUGCAAAAUCUUGUAAUGUAUAGCCGUGCCAACAAGCGAGCUGUUGCAGAAGCAGGUGGUGUGCAGGUUGUGCUGGACAUUGUCAAUUCCAGCCAACCUGAUACGUCAGUUCAGGCAGCAAUGUUUGUGAAACUUCUGUUCUCUAAUAAUACAAUACAGGAAUAUGCUUCCAGUGAAACAGUUAGAGCUAUAACUGCUGCCAUUGAGAAAGAUUUAUGGGCUAAUGGAAGCGUGAAUGAGGAGUACUUGAAAGCACUGAAUGCAUUUCUAAGCAAUUUCCCACGUUUAAGAGCAACAGAGCCUGCUACAUUAAGCAUUCCUCAUUUAGUAACAUCCCUUAAAACCGGUUCUGAGGGUACACAAGAAGCAGCACUUGAUUCACUGUUUCUUCUGAGGCAAGCUUGGUCAGCAUGUCCACCUGAAGUUUUUAAAGCUCAAUCUGUUGCAGCAUCAGAAGCGAUUCCGUUGCUGCAAUACUUGAUUCAGUCGGGUCCCCCUAGGUUUCAGGAGAAAGCGGAACUGCUUUUACAGUGUUUACCAGGGACACUUACAGUAACAAUAAAGCGAGGUAAUAAUUUACGGCAGUCAGUGGGAAACCCCAGUGUUUACUGCAAGGUCACACUGGGCAGCACACCUCCUCGACAAACAAAGAUCGUUUCAACUGGCCCUACGCCUGAAUGGGACGAAGCCUUUGUGUGGGCAUUUGAUAGUCCUCCAAAAGGCCAGAAGCUGCACAUAUCUUGCAAGAACAAGAGCAAAAUUGGAAAGAGCUCCUUUGGGAAAGUCACAAUCCAGAUCGAUCGGGUUGUGAUGCUUGGAUCAGUUGCUGGAGAGUAUGCCCUUCUUCCUCAAAGCAAAAGUGGACCUCCACGCAACCUUGAAAUCGAGUUCCAGUGGUCAAAUAGAGUAAUAAGCGAAGAGAAUUCAUCGUGAGGUAUUCGAUAUCCUCUCUGUAAUUUGUUAAAGAAUUGGAUCAGUUCUGCAGUUUUUGCUCUUUCGUUUGCUUUCUUCUUGUAUUAUUAUUGUAAAUAGUCAGCAGAGAAUUCAUCUACUUGCUUGUUUGUGAUGAAUUAUUCUUUAUUUUUUUCUUCCUCUUAAACGACGGUUGGCAAGGGUACAGCGUGCAGAGAACCUGCAUCUUGUAAUAUUUUUUCCUUUUUCUUUUUGUGGUAUCUUGUAAGUGAUGUAAUGCGUAUGUGAAUGUUGAGAGAGCGUGAGCAUGAACGAAACGUUUCUAAAUUAUAUGAUUUAUAUGUGUUUUACAAUCUAA